AUGAUGGAGCGAACAGUCGCCACCCCCCUUGAAACCCCUCGCGACCCUGACACGUUGACGACCGACAUGCGGCACGGUGAUGGCUGUCGAUUUAACAGUGACAUGCUAGACUCAUCGUUGCUGCAACUGCAGAAACAGCACCUGAUGCCUAACGAUGACAACAAAGACUCCGGCACUGAGUCCGACGAAGAGCUGGAGCAGAUCGAAACCAGUACGUCGAUUUUCAUCGUUACAUAG